CAUACCACCCAGCGUUUAGAGAAGGAGAGGCUGGUUUUUGCUCCUUUAGACAUGUGGGUGUGGCUACAUUCCAGAAGUAUUAAGUUCACUGCGUUGUGAACAAAGGUAUCCAGCUGAAGGCAGUAAAAAGUUGUGACACAAAUGUUCAGCGUCACUACGCUGAUAGCCAUUCAUAGUUCACGUGUGUCAUCUGUCAAAAGACUUUAACCACUCCUUACUUUUGAGUAACAACUCACGUGGUGUUUUGAGUCCGGAAAAGUAUAUAUAUUGACUGACAACUGAUGAAUUCAUUUUUAAUGCUGCUUGUUACACAAGAACAACUGACUUUUUUGGAUUUUAUGUUUGGACAUUUCAUAACUUGUAAGGUGGAAGUACACUAAAUAUAUUUCUAAUGUGUACUUGAAUAGUUUUUUCAAACUUUUUCUAUAAAGAGGUGAUUUUUGGAAUUUUUCAACCAAACAUGGAUUAACAUUUUUUAGCAGCAUCACAGCGUGAUUACAGUAAUGUAACAUUAAGAAAUGAGAAGAUUGAGGUGUCGGUGCAACCAGAUAAAGGUCAUCUUUAUCUUUUUAACACUGACACUCCUAUGUGCUUUAAUUUUUCGGCAAGCAAGAGUGUUUGAGAGGCCACGAUACAUAGUAGAAUAUGGCAUUAACUGCUCAGCAAUAUAUGAAAUGGAACCGGUGGAGGUGGGGAAAUCUUUAGUUGCCCGAAAAAACAAAUAUGUGGGGCCAACUGACAGGAAUAUUUUAAAUGCCACCUAUGACUGUGAUCGGUUUCUUGCAUCAAAGGGUUAUAAUGCAAAACAAAGCUCUCCUUUUGAGCGUGAAUUUCCUCUUGCUUACUCUUUGGUCGUUCACAAGGAUGCAGAUCUUGUGGAGAGGUUGCUUAAUGCCGUUUACAUGCCACAUAAUGUUUAUUGCAUACAUUAUGACCUGAAGUCCUCAUAUGACUUUAUUUCAGCGAUGCAAGGUCUGGCCCGCUGCAUCCCUAACGUCUUCAUUGCCUCAAAACUGGAGAGGGUGCAGUAUGCAGGCAUCUCACGCCUCAAAGCAGAUCUUAAUUGUCUGUCUGAUCUCCUGGAGUCUGAGGUGAAGUGGAAGUAUGUCAUCAAUCUGUGCGGUCAGGACUUUCCACUACGGACGAACGCUGAACUGGUGUCAGAUCUAAAGAUGCUUAAUGGCAAGAACAUGGUGGAGAGCAAGCGACCUGAUGGAAAGGAAUGGCGCUGGGCUUUCCACCACGAGCUGAAUGGCAUGUUUGAUAACUAUGAUUUGCCUAUAACUACUACUGAGGAAAAGCCUCCACCACCUCACAACAUCGAAAUGUUUGUGGGCAGUGCAUACUUUACACUCUCAUGGGAAUUUGCACUUUUUGUUCAGUGGAAUUCUCUAGUCAGAGAUUUCUUGGAUUGGUCGGAGGACACAUACUCACCCGAUGAACAUUUUUGGGCAACUCUGGUUCGUGUGCCUGGAGCACCAGGAGAGGUGCCGAGAUCUGACCCAGAAAUUUCAGAACUAGACAGUAAAACCCACCUAGUAAAGUGGUCUUAUUUGGAAGAAGAAGGUCUUUACCCGCCAUGUUCUGGGGAGUAUAUACGGUCUGUGUGUACUUUUGGUGCUGCUGAGCUCAGAUGGCUUCUUAAUUAUGGUCACUGGUUUGCUAAUAAAGUGGACCCAAAUGUGGAUCCAAUUCUUAUUGAAUGUUUAGAGGAGAUGCUGUUAGAAAAACAGGCAGUGUCAAAAUUAAAAAUGAAGUGAUCAAAUUUGCUUUACUUGGGUUUGGGUAAUGUAAGAAUGUUGUUUUUUGUUCUGCUCUCAGUGUAGGUUUAACUUCCUGUGUAGUUUCUGGGCUCAUUGCUGAGAGAACUCUGCUUAACCAUUGACAGAGGUUAUUUCCUCUUUUGCACACAUGCAUGCACAUACUGAACACACCCAUGAACUUUACAAUUUCUAUACAACACAUUAAUAUGUAUGUGUUUGUGAACUUUAAAGUCUAUUAACUAAUACAGGGGUUUUAAACUUCAUGAUGGCAAGGACCCCAAAAUAUGAGCCAUUUUUCUAAAAUGUUGGAAUUUAUUUAUAAGAUAUCCUAUUGGAUAUCAUGCAUGAGGUAUGACAUUUUUGCCAUUUUAUAUUGCCUUGUGUACAUUAAACACUUAAGCCUGUGUUUUUGAAUAUAUUUCUAACCAAUAUAUUCUGAAAAUGGAACUACUAAGAAAUGAAAAACUGCUCUAAAAAUAAAUAAAUAAAUAAUAAAGACAGACAAAGACAUAAAACUGUCAUGAUCCUGUCAGCACUGUAUGUCUUUUUAUAUGUUUCAUGUGACAGGGUCAUGGUAGCCCUCACUGUUGUCUUGUUUAGUGUGGAGGGUCACAUGGCCUGUGUUUAUGUUUUGUGUACCUCAUGCUGUCUUUAGUCUUGACCCUGCCCCCUUGUUAAUUAUUCAUUAUUAGUUUAUGCCUUUCACCUGUGUAUCCUCAUUGCCUAGUUUAGUUUUCAUCUAUGUAAUGCUAUUGUGUGGCCCUGUCCCAAAAGGCACACCGCAGACUUGUGGACCUCAUCAGAGUCUACAAUUUGAUGACAUCAUGUAGUGCAGACCUUAGGAACCCUUGACGCGAGUCCAAGAGGGUGCACUGGAGUCGUAUUUUGGGACAGACUCCAGCAUCACGACGGAAAUAGGAAGAGAAGUUGCCCAUCAGUGUGAACUCCUCCCAUCUGUCGUCUGAUUGGUCUGAUUGCUUUUUCACAAGGACUUCUGGGUUGGAAAAGUGCGCAAAGCCUGCUGCAGUGCGGGCUUCACCAAAGACCGCAUCAAGCUUCACCAAAGACCACAUCAAGGGUUUAAAGGGGGCACUGAUGAGCACAUUUCAGAGAGCAAAAAUGACAGAUGGAACACUCUACAGACUCAGAAACUAAGCGAGCAUGCGCAAUUUAAAGCAACACUAAAGACUUAUUGCUCUUUGCUCCCUCUACAGGUUAAAAGCGUAAUUGUUCAUUACCACUGUCGUAAAUACUGCAGCAUAGCUGGCUCUGAUUGGAUUGUAGGUCUGCCGUAAAGCAAGUUUUUGUAGUUUUCACUCGAACUACAGGACCCGACGGUUGGAAACUUCUUUAGUGCGGUUUUGGCCGAUAGAGGGCUGCAAAGCGAAUGUGAAAGUGCCAUUCACCCUGUUUUGAGUGGAUGAACCACUGAAACUUUUUUGGAAACGUUAUUUUAAGGUAAAAAAAACUCUUUGGUGUUGCUUUAGGACCACGAGACCGAAAGUCCAAAUGAAGUGCACCAUUUGGGACAGGGCCUGUCUGGUGUCUUGUGCCAGAAGAUUUUGUGUAUUAUUUCUUGCCCUGCCAUGUUUAUUGUUUGAUUUUAUUGUCCUUGUUUGCCCCAUCAAGGGUAAUUUCUGUUAUUUAAUAAAGUUUUUUUUGCAU